GAACUGGUCCACCAGCAGCCAUGGGCAGCCGUGUUUCCCGGGAAGACUUUGAGUGGGUUGACAAGGAGGAUCUGCACAUCAGCCGGCGCAGGGAGAUCCUGGCAAAGUAUCCAGAGAUAAAGUCCUUGAUGAAGCCUGACCCCAACCUGAUCUGGAUCAUCAGUAUGCUGGUUCUCGCCCAAUUGGUUGCAUUUUACUUAGUGAAAGACUUGGACUGGAAAUGGGUCUUAUUUGGGGCCUAUGUCUUUGGAAGCUGCAUUAGCCAUUCAAUAACUGCAGCGAUCCAUGAGAUUUGCCACAAUUUACCCUUUGGUCACCACAAGGCUCUGUGGAAUCGCUGGUUUGGGAUAUUUGCCAAUCUCCCUUUAGGGGUUCCAUAUUCGAUCUCUUUUAAGAGAUAUCACAUGGAUCAUCAUCGCUACCUCAAUGUUCAUGGCAUUGAUGCAGGUGCGCCUUCUGAUUUUGAGGGCUGGUUCUUCUGCACCCCUUUCAGAAAGGUCGUGUGGGUUACUUUUCAGCCCUUCUUUGUCCUCAUUCGACCUCUGUUCAUCAAUCCCAAACCAAUUUCACAACUAGAAAUUAUCAAUAUUGUGGUGCAGAUCACUUUUAACAUUACAAUUUAUUGUAUUUGGGGAACCAAAUCUUUAGUCUACAUGUUCACAGCAUCUCUACUUAGCUUGGGUUUGCAUCCAUUUUCUGGACACUUCCUAGCUGAGCAUUACCUGUUCUUAAAGGGGCAUGAGACAUACUCGUAUUAUGGGCCUCUGAACUUUUUUGUGCUCAAUGUGGGCUAUCAUAAUGAGCAUCAUGACUUCCCCAACAUUCCUGGAAGAAGCCUUCCACUGGUGAGGAAAAUAGCAGCUGAAUACUACGAUGAGCUCCAUCACACUUCCUGGGUGAAAGUCCUGUAUGAUUUUGUGAUGGAUGACACCAUGAGUCCCUACUCAACGAUGAAAAGGCUUCCAAAAGGGAGCGAGGUUCUGGAGUAAAUGAAUGACCACUGUCUGAGCCAAAGAAAUCCCACUCUAAUGUUGUAUAGUAGCUUGCAAUGUGGAAAAUUUUCUCACUGUGUAUUUCUCUCCUCUCUCUCUCUCUCUCUCUCUCUCUCUCUC